AUGACGACAGCAAAAGUCAAGCCUUUACCAAAUGUUAUUCUACCUCCAAAAUUAAUCAAAACAAAUCCUUUUGUAAAUGAUAAGACGCCUGUUGAAUCCAACGUUCUCGCAUUUGUUAGCAACGGUCUAGAAUUUCAUGUUGAUGUUGUGCAAAAACUAUGUCCAGCAGCCAUCUCAUUUGCUCAUUACAAUAGCCGAUCCUUGUAUGUUCCGUCGGCAGAUGUUGUUCAUUCGCCACGACCACCACGUCGUCUACAACCGCUUCCAAUAGGUUUACCACAAGAACGAUGGAAACAUGCUCGUCGAGUUCUAAAGCAAAAACCACUAGCGAUCGAGCCGGCAAAGUUUCAACCACAACAAUCGUUAUUUUAUAUGACGGAGAUUAAUGAAGAGGACGAACCAAUCGAGCAUCCCAAACCGUCAAAGAAGUUCAAUAUUGUUCUAUCAUCGAUCAGGUCUGAUCUAAGUGAAGAUGUUGAUGAAAAUUUGUUGAGUGUACGACCGGGCCAUGAUGCGAUUGAAAGACAAGCACGAAUGAUAGCCGAUAGAGACUUUGCACAAAUGGAACGAAACUGGGAUGAAUACAUGUUUGAACAUAUGGAUGAAAGUACAGCAACAUUUAUCAUUCUCCGAAAUGUACACGAUGAAGAGCGCCGAGCACGAUUGAUUGAAUAUUUAAAAAGAACCUAUCAUAUUAUGAAAUUGCCGAACCCAUUAGAAAUUGAGCUAAUUCCAACAAAUGAAGAUGAAGAUGCUAAAUUCAAACAACGUUAUUUGAAUAGAUCAAAAACUCCAAAAAUCGGAAAAGAAGGCACUAGAUCUAAAGGAAAUAUAUCAUCACAUAAAUCACCACGAGAUGUUGAAACGACGAAAGAUAAUAUGUCCUCGGAUAUUCGUCCAACUCAACAAAUAGUCACGGGAAAUUCAUUUAUCCGCCCCGAACCAACAUUUUAUGAUGUCAUGUCAGACAAAAUAUCCGACACAGUGUAUCGAACUGAUCAUCCGUAUGAACAAGCUAUGAUUCUCGGAAAUGAUCAGCAUAGACAAACGGAUGAACCCGGUGUCAUCGUUCUCUCGGAUAAAGUCCAAUUUGAUAAAGUCCUCCAGAAACAACUUCCCCCUGAUCCAGAAGCCAUUUCCUCAACGCUUGAUAUUCCGUCGUCGGCUACAUUCGAUCGACCAAUACCAUCACGAGGUCUACGCCGCUGGAAAACUUUGCCGGCCAUCAAAGAUACGACUCCAUACCUUUCAAUGUACACCUCAGAUGAUACAGCCAAUAGAACAGAUGCUAUCCAAGCAUUCUUUGAUCAGCAUAUUCCUCGACCACCCGAUGUCAAUGAUUUACUUCUUUCAUGGCUUCUUCCAUCGGCAACGAGUGAUUCUCGUGGACAUCAUAGCUUAAAACUAAAUACUACGAUCAGUCGAAUUAUUGAAGAAUGGCGGCGAAAAUGGCAAGUAAAUCAACGAUGGCUUGAUGCUGACAUCGAUGAAUUGUACCGUAAUUUACAUGACAGUCAUCCACAUAUUCAAUUUACAGCAUUGGUUAUCUGUAGUCGAGCAUCACAAUAUCUAACAAAGAAAGACAUUGAAAGUGGUGUAAAAGUUCGUGUUCUACCAGACAAACUUCUUCGUUCAAUUGAAGCUCUGCUUGAUGAUCCACAAGAACGUAUUCGAACAGCUGCUGCAAUCACGUUGACUACUGUUCGACGUUUUUCUCCUAAAGUGGAAAACAUUCUUCGUUCGUGCAUUUCUCAUGGUCAUCCGGAUGAUAAGUUGACUGCAGCACAAUGCUUAGCGAGUGUGAAUCUAACAACAUCAGAUAUCAUACAUGAACUAUUGACGAACUAUUUCGAUGCUAAACAUGAUGCAACACGUGAACCACUAGUUUUCUCUCUAGCAAAACUAAGUCAAGGAACGAAUCUCGUGCACAGUUUAACUGGUGAAUAUCUAAAUUCUGCUGAUGCCAAUGAGCGAAUCAUUGCUUGUAAACUAUUUCCAUUACUCAAAUCUCAUCCAAACAAAGACAUUACACAAAAACUAAUUUAUCUGAUGUGGGAAGAUCUGAACAGUAAUGUUCGUCGGGCAGCUGGUCAAGCUUUGGGUAAAUGCGGUUGUGGACAGGCUGUACAUGAAGAACUUGUAACACGUUUACAAAGUUCGUAUUGGCAAGAUCGUGUCGAAGCAUUGAAGCUUAUAAGUUACCUUGGUGUUUUGACAGCCAAAUUGAUGCACCCGUAUAUGAAAUGUUUCAAAGAUGAUCGAGUCACUGUACGGAUUCGUGCGUGUCGUACAACAUACAAAUUACAAAUGAGAGACGAAGCAAUUCGAGAUUUACUCGUCGAACUUAUUGAAUACGAUCCGAUUGACAAAGUUCGAUACGCUGCAGUCGAAGCACUCGGUUUAUAUGGAUUAACGAAUGAUAAAUGUCGAAAUGUUCUUCUGUGGAGUGUUCGAUAUGAUAAAAGUCCUUUGGUGCGAUCAGCAGCACCGAGUGCUCUUGUUUUAUUAGAAAAAGUUCAUGAAGAUAUUAUCGAUACAUUGCAAAGUCGAUAUUUAGUAGAAAAACAACAAGUAGUUAUUCAAUCGUUGAAAGAGGCCUUAGAAGCAUAUCAUUGUAAUUUAAGUCAAGAUGUUCCGAUUGUACAAGAAAUUCGAAAUGAAGUUCGCAAAUUAAAUACAAAAGCAAUCAUAUGGGAGAAGAUUAUGACUUUAGAAAGAGAUUUACGUUAUUCAUCUGAUUUAGAACGAAUAAUCGCGCCAAUGUUAGACAAACCAUCAACUCCAAUAGUAACUGAAAACGACAUUCAGUCUAGUACAAGUUUAACGAAUUAUAUUCAAAAUGUGGCGGAUAAUAAUUCCAUACCCGAAGUUUGGACACCAGAAUUAUGGCAUCCGGACAGUAAAACUGGUAAGAUUCGACGACAUCGACUUGCAAGCGAAAAGAAUCUAUCGGAUGGAUCAACGACAACGAUUACAACAGCAUUGGAACAACCAAGUUAUAGUCUUCCAUCUAGUAGUUUUAUACCUGUCUCUGAAACGGAUAUCGGCACUGAGGAAAAUAUUCCUGAUACUGAUUUUUAA